AUGUCUUCCAUCAACAAGUCAUCUUCCACAGGAUCUUCUUCUUCUACAGCCACUCAUGCUCCUCCGUGUCUACGAAUCAUGCUCACUGGAGUUGUUCCCACUCCUCUUCUAGGAAAAUCCGUUUCGUUUGAACUCUCCAACCACACGUCCCGAGAGUUGAUCUCCCUCACCAUUUCUCAGUUUAAAUUACGAAUUUUAGAUCAAUUAUUGAUUGACAUAGAAACUGAGGAAGAAGAAAGAAAUAGUAAUAAUAAUAGUAAUAGUAAUAACAAUAAUAGUAAUAAUAAUACUAACAACAAUAGCAAGCAAAAUGCAUCGUCAUCAUCGGAUCAUCAUCUCCGUCAUCAUCACUCCAACUCGGAGACAUCAUCACCCUCUCAAAAAGUCAAACUCUUCAUUUCUCAAGCCAAGAUAUUUGGAUUUAAAUUAAUCAAAAUGGGAUUCGUGAUGGAAGACUCUCAACAUUUAAUUAAAUAUUUGAAAAAUUCCAAUGUAACGGGAGGAGACCAAUCCGAAUUACCUACAACCACAACAUUGCAUGCCGUGUUUCAAGAUUACAAUUCCAUGAUUCAGGACGGACUAGAGCAAGUCGAUGUCUAUGGAAAUCUCAAAGAAAAGCAAGGAUUACAGGCCUUGUUGAGCCAGAGCAGUGAAGAUGCAGCUCCAUUUCAUGCAGGAGAAAUAUCUGCAUCUACUUCUCGAAAUGGUUUCCUUUCAUGUUGUCAAAUUUUAUAA